AUGGAAGAAGAUGAUAUUAAUGAUUCCAUUUGGUUCAAUGAUGAAUGGCAAUCUGAGGACUUAACUUCUCCUGAUAUUAGUGAUGAGGACAGUGAGAAUGAAGAAGGGUAUGGGCAUUUUUCUACGUUUACUAUGCCCAAAAAAAUGAUUGAUUUCAAUUGGGAAAUGGGAACAUAUUUCGUGGAUAAACAAGACAUCCUUGAUGCCAUCAAAAGUUAUGCAGUACACAAUGAGAAAAAUUUGAAACUUGUUAAAAAUGAUAAAAAAAGAAUUAGGGUUAAAUGUUUGGGAUCAAAAGGAGAAUGCCCGUGGAGGACAUAUUUUGGUUUCAUGGAUGCAGUAAAGUCAUGGCAACUAAGGACUGUGGUUGACAAGCAUACAUGCAGUAGGGAACACAAGUUGCGAGUAUUCAAUGCAAAAUGGCUUAGUAGAAAAUUGGAAAAAACACUGAGAGAGAAUCCUAAUGUAAAGGGAGUUGAUAUUAGAGAUAAAAUUACUAAGAAAUGGAAUAUAGCAAUUUCUAAGAACAUGGCUUACAAGGCCAAAGCCUAUGCAUCAGACGAAGUGGCUGGGUCCUUCAGUAAGCAGUAUAGUAGAAUUUAUGAUUAUGUUCAUGAGUUAUUAGAAGGAAAUCCUGGCUCCACAAUCAAGGUGAAAGUUGAGUCAUAUGAUGGGAAAUCAAUCUUCAAGAGGUUUUACGCAUGCCUAAAGGCAUGCAAAGAUAACUUUUUCUCAUGCAGGCUAAUCAUUGGCCUUGAUGGAGCCUUUUCGAAAGGCAGACAUCGUGGUGAGCUAUUAACUGUUGUGGCUCGUGAUGCAAAAGACCAAAUGUUGCCACUGGCGUAUGCAAUCGUAGGAGUUGAGAACAAAGAGACUUGGACUUGGUUUAUGGAGCUAUUGAUUGAAGACCUUGGUGGACCUGAGGUGUGUUCUUCACUUACAAUCAUAUUGGAUCAACAGAAGGGUUUGUUACAAGCAGUACAAGAUGUUGUUUCUGGAGUUGCACAAAGAUUUUGUGUAAGGCACUUAUAUGCCAACUUCAAGAAGAAAUUCCCUGGAAAGAACCUGAAAAAGCUUAUGUGGAGGGCAGCUAAAGCAACAUACCCACAAAAAUGGGAGAACGAGAUGAGAUGUAUCAAAGAGGUUAACCAAGAUGUUUUUCGACACUUGUUAGUUAUUCCUCCAAGGUCAGGUUAA